AUGGAGUUCGGCCAGUUCGUCGCGAAACUGGGACGACGGGAACGAGAAGAAGGUUCGACUUGUGCGGUGUGUUUGAGGCGCAUUGAGGAAGAAGAUGAGAUCCAAGCUGUUGCCCGACCAAGAGACGAGUGGAGAGCCCAAGUGCGGCGGCGACCUGUGGCGGCGGAGAGAAUGUUUUACCUGUUCGGGGAGGACUGCGUUUUUGGAGAUUCGAUGUUUUCUAGCCCGGAGGUCUUGAACAGUUUGGUAUUAGGAUUUCUAUUAGAAAUGGUUGAGUUGCUUGACAUUGACUGUAAUGUCGUCUUUCUUUAUCGUUCCUGUAUCCCGAUGACUUAA